UCCCUCCCCACGCCCCAACACGAGGAAUCUGACGAGUCACCGGAGUACGGCAUCCCGCUCAGCGCCACGCACCCGCAGUACUCCCAGGAGUCCCACGAGGAGCACGACGACCAGGACGACGACGACGACGACGAUGAUGAUGAUGAUGAUGGAGGAGGAGGAGGAGUCUGAGGAGUCCUUCCCCGGCCAGCGCGUGCUGCAGCACAUCCUGUCCUCCCUGGAGCGGCACACCACCUCCACCACCUCCACCACGUCCCAGCAGCAGGUGGGCGCCCCUGUCGUGCCGCCACUCGCCACGCACCACUCUCAGGGGACACGGGGACGCCAACACACCUCAGCACAUCAGCAACACUCACCAGCACCACGCAAAGAACACCCACCAACACAGGUGGAACACUCAACAGUGGGACAGCAAGUGACACCAGUGGAACAUGUAGCAGUGGAACACUCAGCAGCACCAAUGGAACACUCAGUAGUGGAACACUCAGCAGCACCAGUGGAACACUCAGCAGUGGAACACUCAGCAGCACCAGUGGAACACUCAGCAGUGGAACAUUCAGCAGCACCAGUAAAACACUCAGCAGUGGAACACUCAGCAGAACCAGUCGAACACUCAGCAGUGGAACACUUAGCCGCACCAGUGGAACAUUCAGAAGCGCAAGUGGAAAAAGUAGAUGUGGAACACUCAGCAACGCCGGUGGAACAAGUAGCAGUGGAACACUCAGCAGCACCAGUGGAACAAGUAGCAGCGGGACACUCAGUAGCACCAGUAGAACAAUCAGCAGUGGAACACUCAGCAGCACGAGUGGAACAAUCAGCAGUGGAACACUCAGCAGCACGAGUGGAACAAGUAGCAGUGGAACACUCAGCAGCAAUAGAGGAACAAGUACCAGUGGAACACUCAGCAGUAGAACACUCAGCAGCACCAGAGGAACAAUCAGCAGUGGAACACUCAGCAUCACCAGUGGAAAAAGUAGCAGUGGAACACUCAUCAGCAACAGUGGAACAAGUAGCACUGGAACACUCAGCAGCACCAGUGGAACAUUCAGCAGCACCAGUGGAACAAAAAGCAGUGGAACACUCAUCACCACCAGUGGAACAAGUAGCAGUGGAACACUCAGCAGUGGAACACUCAGCAGUACCAGUGGAACAAGUAGCAGUGGAACAUUUACCAGCACCAGUUGAACAAGUAGCAGUGGAACAUUUAGCAGCACCAGUGGAACACUCAGCAAUAGAACACUCAGCAGCACCAGUGGAAGAAGUAGCAGUGGAACUCUCAGCAAUGGAAGACUCAGCAGCACCAGUGGAACAAUCAGCAGUGGAACAUUCAGUAGCAUCAGUGGACCAAGCAGCAGUAGAACACUCAGCAGCACCAGUGGAACAAGUAGCAGUGGAACAUUCAGCAGCACCAGUGAAACAAGUAGCAGUGGAACACUCAGCAGCACAAGUUGAACAAGUAGCAGAGGAACAAUCCACCGCACAAGUUAAACACUCAGCAGUGGAACACUCAGCAGCACAAGUGGAACACUCAGCAGCUCCAGUGGAACACUCAGCAAAACCAGUGGAACACCCAACAUCACCAGUGGAACAAGUAGUGUUGGAACACUCAGCAGCACCAGUGGAACACUCAGCAGUGCAGCACUCAGCGGCACCAGAGGAACAAGUAGUUGUAGUUGAACACUUAGUAGCACCAGUGGAACAUUCAGCAGCACCAGUGGAACGAAUAGCUGUGGAACAUUCAGCGGCACCAGUGCAACAACCAGCAGCACCAGUGGAACAAGUAGUUCUAGUGGAACACUCAGUAGCACCAGUGGAACACUCAGCAUCACCAGUAGAACACUCAGCCGUGGAACACUCAACAGCACCAGUGGAACACUCAGCUGUGGAACACUCCGUUGAACCAGUGGAACAAUCAGCAGUGGAACAAGUAGCAGUGGAGCACUCAACAGCACCAGUGGAACAAUCAGAAGCGGAACAUUCAGCUGCACCAGUGGAACAAGAAGCAGUGGAACACUCGCCAGCACCAGUGGAACAAGUAGCAGUGGAACACUCAGCACCACCAGUGGAACAAACAGCAGUGGAACACUCACCAGCACCAGUGGAACACUCUGCAGCACCAAUAGAACCAGUGGAACAAGUAGCAUUGGAACACUCAGCAGCACCAGUGGAACAAUCAGUAGUGGAACACUCAGCAGCACCAGUGGAUCAAGUAGCUUUGGAACACUCUGCAGCACCAGUGGAACCAGUGGAACAAGUAGCAGUAGAACACUCAGCAGCACCAGUGGAACAAGUAAAAGUGGAACAUUCAGCAGCACCAGUGGAACACUCAGAAGCACCAGUGGAACAAGUAGCAUUGGAACAUUCAGCAGCACCAGUGGAACAAUCAGCAACACCAGUGAAACAAGUAACAGUGGAACAUUCAGCAGCACCAGUGGAACAAGUAACAGUGGAACAUUCAGCAGCACCAGUGGAACAUGUAGCAGCUGAACACUCAGCAGCACCAGUGGAACAUGUAGCAGCUGAACACUCAGCAGCACCAGUGGAACACUCAGCAGCACCAAUGGAACAUGUAGCAGUGGAACACUCAGCAGCACCAGUGGAACAUGUAGCAGUGGAACACUCAGCAGCACCAGUGGAACAAGUAACAGUGGAACACUCAGCAGCACCAGUGGAACAUAUAGCAGUGGAACACUCAACAGCACCAGUGGAACAUGUAGCAGUGAAACACUCAGCAGCACCAGUGGAACAAGUAACAGUGGAACAAGUAACAUUGGAACAGUCAGCAGCACCAGUGGAACAUGUAGCAGUGGAACACUCAGCAGCACCAGUGGAACAUGUAGCUGUGGAACACUCAGCAGCACCAGUGGAACAUUCAGCAUCACCAGUGGAACAAGUAACAGUGGAACAUUCAGCAACACCAGUGGAACAGUCAGCAGUGGAUCACUCAGCAACACCAGUGGAACAAGUAGCAGUAGAACACUCAGCAGCACCAGUGGAACAAGUAGGAGUGGAACAUUCAGCAACACCAGUGGAACAAGUAACAGUGGAACACUCAACAGCACCAGUGGAACAUAUAGCAGUGGAACACUCAGCAGCACCAGUAGAACAAGUAGCAGUGGAACACUCAGCUGCACCAGUGGAACAAGUUGCAGUGGAACAUUCAGCAGCACCAGUGGAACAAGUUGCAGUGGAACAUUCAGCAGCACCAGUGGAACAAGUAGCAGUGGAACAUUCAGCAGAGCCAGUGGAACAAGUUGCAGUGGAACAUUCAGCAGCACCAGUGGAACAAGUAGCACUGGAACAUUCAGCAGAGCCAGUGGAACAAGUUGCAGUGGAACAUUUAGCAGCACCAGUGGAACAAAUACCAGUGGAACACUCAGCAUCACCAGUGGAACAAGUAGCAGUGGAACAUUCAGCAGGAACAGUGGAACAAUCAACAAUGGAUCACUUAGCAGCACCAGUGGAACACUCAGCAGCACCAUUAGAACAAGUAGUAGUGGAACACUCAGCAGCAGCAGCAGCAACAGCAGUGGAACACUCAGCAGCACCAGUGGAACAAGUAGCAGUGGAACACUCCGCAGUACCAGUGGAACAAGUAGCAGUGGAACACUCCGCAGUACCAGUGGAACAAGUAGCAGUGGAACACUCCGCAGUACCAGUGGAACAAGUAGCAGUGGAACAUUCAGUAGCACCAGUGGAACAAGUAGCAGUGGAACACUCCGCAGUACCAGUGGAACAAGUAGCAGUACCAGUGGAACAAGUAGCAGUGGAACAUUCAGUAGCACCUGUUGAAUUAUCAGGAGUUGGAGUUGCAGCUGCACCAGUGGAUCAAUCAGCAGUGGAACAAUUAGCAACACCAGUGGAACACUCAGUAGCACAAUUGGAACACUCAGCAGUGGAACACUCAGUAGCACCUGUUGAACAAACCUCAGUGAAAACGGAACACUCAGCAUCACUAGUGGAACACUCAGUAACACCAGUGGAAAACUCAGGAACACCAGUGGAACACUCAGCUGCACCUUUUGAACAAACCGCAGUGGAACACUCAUCAUCAGUAGUGGAACACUCAACAGCACCAGUAGAACAGCCAACAGUGGAACACUCAGCAGUGGAAAAGUCAGUAGCACAAUUGGAAGAAUCAGCAACACCACAGCAACACUCUACAGCACCUGUGGAGCAGCCAGCAGUGGAACUCUUAUCAUCAGCAGUGGAGCAGCAGGCAGCACCUGUGCAGCAGCCUGCAGCACCCGUGGAUCAGCAAGCAGCAGCUGUGCAGGAGGGUUCAGGAAUGCUGCAGUCUGUGGUGAGGCUAAUGCAGCGCCUGGGCCUGCCGGUGGGCGCCCUGGACGACGCCGCCCCGCAGCAGCCUCGCCCCGCCACUCGCAGGAAGACGUGUCCUUAGAG